AUGCGCAUUCCAGCCUUACGGAGGCUUCCGCUGUCUGGGAGUGCCCUCCAACCCAGAGGCUUGCCAUAUCAACUCCGUGCUACUCGCGCAUCUCAUUCAAAUUCUGGCUCUCAGCGUGAAAGGCUCUGGAACAACCCCGAAUUCAGGAACCGGCCAAUCGUUCGCCGGAGCAUCUACACUGUAGGCAGUGUCUUCUUCCUUGCAUCAAGCGGGUAUAUUCUUUACAAGGCCCAUGAGCCUACACGCCAUUUUUGCCUAGCAGUUGUGCGAUGCUCACGAGUUGCGAAGGCUGUAAUCGAGAGCAUGAUCGAUUACAAAAUACUACUCUCAAGAUCGAUCCCUGAUGAUAUUAAAAGAACCCAAGCUUAUUCCUCUUGCCAUAAGCGUAGUGCAGAACGUGUCUUGCAUGCACUUCAGCUUAAUGGAGGAAUCUACAUUAAAUUGGGACAACACAUGAGUAGUAUACAAGUUCUUCCUAAAGAAUGGACCUCUACCAUGCGACCUUUGCAGGAUCAAUGCUAUCCUACACCAAUAGAGGACGUCAAAAACCUUUUCUUACAAGAUACCGGUAUACCACUCGAGGAACAAUUCUCCGAAUUCGACGAAACUCCCAUCGGCGUGGCAAGCCUGGCACAAGUCCAUAUAGCACGAGACCGUGCAACGGGUCAGCAGGUUGCGGUCAAAUUGCAGCAUCCAGGUCUCGAAGAAUUUGCUGAAAUCGAUAUAACUACGGCUACGAUAUCACUCGCCUUUGUCAAGAGGUUCUUCCCUACGUUCGAGUUCUCGUGGUUGGGCGAAGAAUUGGCGACUAACUUACCACUGGAGAUGAAUUUCGUUCAUGAGUUUGAAAACACAACAAGAGUGACCGCCAACUUUGCUAAGAUUCCUAAGGGCAAGACAAGCAUAUACGUGCCCAAGGUAUUGAGAGCUACGCAUAGAACACUGAUUAUGGAAUAUGUCAAGGGUGGCCGCGUAGAUGACUUGGAGUAUCUCGCGAAACACAAUAUUGACAGGAAUUUAGUCAGCCAGGAGCUUUCGCGAGCGUUCUCGGAAAUGGUUUACAUUCAUGGCUUUUUUCAUGCAGAUCCCCACCCCGGCAACCUGCUAAUUCGACCAGCGCCCCCUAAAUCUCGGACCGCAUAUAAACAGGACCAUGGCUUGUAUUUUGACCUUGAUGACGACCUCCGGCUCAAUUAUGCGCGACUAUGGUUGGCACUUAUUGCGCCCGGGAUCCCUGCUGUAGCACGCGCUAGGAGGAAGUACGCCGAGGCUAUGAAUAUCACCAGUGACUUGUACCCGAUUUUCGAAUCCGCGAUCACAGGUAGAGCAGGACUUGAAGGAACAUGGGAUACACCUGCAGGGGACGAAAAGUUCUCAUAUCACCAUGAGCGUGAUGAAGAUGAAGCCCCGGCUAAGCCUAAAUUCAAGCGUGCUCGGGGGCUGAUCGACGCUGGGUCUCAGUCACAGGCCGAAAUUGCGGCAAUUCGGAAAGCUGUUCUCGAGCGGGAAGGGCUGGUCGAGGCGGUAUUCGACUUAAAUCUUGAUCAAGCAUUGACGACAACCCACUCAGAGGCUCGGGUGUUUGUUAUCAUGGCGCGAUAUUGUAGCCGAGCCGUCUGGGAAGAUGCACGAAAACACCUUGGCUAUUCAUUUGAACUGUUUGGCCACUGGCUCGCGUAUAUCGCCGUGAACAAGGGUUUACGUAUAAUUGAAUGGUAUAUGGAUACUCGUGGGCGUAUAGUAACGAAUCUCGCGUGGGCUCGCGGUCUUAUGAGGCACGGUCGUCAUGCAGCGUUUCGUGCUGCUGCCGGGCUCGCUCCUGAAAUUUAA